AUGGAUGUGAAGAAGGUGAGAGAAGAUGUAAAUUUGAAGCUUCAAGAGCUUUGUGAUGACAUGGUUCGUGAAGUUACAGUUGUUCAUAAUGACUAUGCUACUUUGCAUAAGAAAGUAGAUAUCAUUUGUGAUGCUGUCACGAAGUAUGUUACGUUGUGUGAAAGUUUGAGUCCUCAAAUUAGUCAACUUUCUACAACUAUCAAUCAAAAAUUUGGGGAGGCUAUCUCGAUGAUUAAAGAUUCGAAGGAUUCAGUGUUAAAGUCUGCUACAUCUUUGAUAAUUACUCAUGAGUUCCUCUUACAGAAGUUUACCCAGUUCGAAGCCAUUAUUCAUAGACAACUAGCUCCUCUGUCCACUAUUUCGAAUCUUCUUCCAACUAGUGCCCCACCUGUUCGAACAGGGGUGCAAGGGGGAGAAAAGAGAGUUGGAGAAGGAUCUCAUGCGAAGGAUGGUGGUGAUGCUUUGCAUGGAGAAGCUAAAUUGUGGGUAAAGUUUAUCAUUCAAAGUUUCCAUCGACUAAGCCUAGAAUUUCGAGUGUUGGACUAG